AUGUAUGCUUGCUCGCCGCCCUUCACGGCGCUACUAUCACUCAUCUCAACCAAUGUUGCUGGCCAGACCAAGAAGACGACAGUUGCAGCGAUAUAUCUUAUUGCAUACUGUGCAGGGCUCAUAAUUGGGCCACAAACCUUUCGACUCCAGGAUGCCCCACACUAUGUUCCUGCCGAAAUAACCAUAAUAUGUUGCUGGUCGGCUUGCUUCCUCGACAUGGCUUUGAUAUACUGGUACUACAGCCGGCAAAAUCGGAACAAGGCGGCUCUUCGUGGACAACCGGGUUACGCCAGGCUCGAGAACCAAGAGUUUUUGGAUCUCACGGACAAAGAAAACCCCGAGUUGGUCUACACCUUGUAA